AUGCUUAUAAAUACACGCCCCCCUCUAUUGGCCACAUCAUUCAACAUUACAGAAGAGCAAAUUAAACUCACAUUCCCCUGUUCAACCAAGAAACUUCCAAUGGCACUCCAUGCAUAUUCCUUUGUGCUACUUCUUUUCAUUGUCAUCUUCAUAGACAUACACUUGAAGGGUGCCUUUGCUGACUAUGCCGGUUGGCAGGGUGGUCAUGCCACUUUCUAUGGUGGUGGUGAUGCUUCUGGCACAAUGGGAGGUGCAUGUGGGUAUGGGAAUUUGUACAGUCAGGGAUAUGGAACUAACACUGCAGCUCUAAGCACUGCUUUGUUCAACAAUGGCUUGAGUUGUGGGGCGUGUUUUGAAAUGAGGUGUGAUGAUGACCCAAGAUGGUGCAAACCUGGCACCAUUGUUGUUACUGCUACAAACUUUUGUCCUCCAAACAUUGCGUUGCCAAACAAUAAUGGUGGUUGGUGCAACCCUCCUCUACAACACUUCGAUAUGGCAGAACCAGCCUUCCUUCAAAUUGCUCAGUAUAGAGCUGGAAUUGUGCCUGUGGCAUUUAGAAGAGUGCCCUGUGUGAAAAAGGGAGGAAUAAGGUUCACAAUUAAUGGCCAUUCUUACUUCAACCUGGUUUUGAUCACCAACGUCGCGGGUGCAGGGGAUGUCCAUGCAGUCUCCGUCAAAGGGUCCAGAACUAGCUGGCAACCAAUGUCAAGAAACUGGGGGCAAAAUUGGCAGAGCAACUCCUACCUCAAUGGACAAAGCCUCUCUUUUCAAGUUACCGCCAGUGACGGUAGAACUGUGACAGCCUACAACGUGGCACCAGUUAACUGGCAGUUUGGUCAGACCUUCCAAGGGGGUCAGUUUUAG